GAGGAAUCAAAGCAGUGAUUUGGACCGAUGUCUUACAGUUUAGUCUUAUGUUUUUAGGAGUUCUCAUGGUUAUAGUCCAAGGCGCUAUAGAAGUGGGAGGUCUUCGAGAGAUGUGGGAUAUCAACCAAAGAGGCGGACGACUAAUAUUUGUAAACCUAGACAUUGAUCUCUACAAUAAUAACAACGUCUGGAAUGUGAUUAUCGGCACAACCAUUAUAUGGAGCGCUAAUUAUUGUGUUUUGCAAACACAAGUACAACGAUAUUGUAGUUUAGGGUCAAUGCAAACGGCAAAAAGUGUUGUCUUCACUUCGACCGUUAGGACUCUUUACUGGAAUCUCUUGGGACUAAUAGUGUUGGCAUUGAUGGCAGUGAUGUCGGGAAUGGCUAUAUUUGCCAAAUAUCAUGAUUGCGAUCCAAUCACCUUAGGGUUUAUUAAACGCCCGGACCAACUGAUGCCAUACUUUGUAAUGGACACUUUGGCCAAAUAUCCGGGUCUUCCCGGACUCUUUGUCGCCUGUGUUUUCAGUGGAUCCCUCAGUACUUUGUCCUCUGGAUUCAACGCAAUGGCGGCCAUCACUUGGGAGGACAUCAUUAAACCGAGGAUUCGCUGUAAUGAUGAUAAACAGGCGCUUAAUAUUACCAAAAUUAUCGCUCUGUCAUACGGACUGUUAGCCAUAGCCAUGUCCUUUGGUGUGGGCAAUGCGGGCACUGUAUUCCAGGCCUCCAUAGCAUUGGUUGGAUCAAUGAUCGGACCGCUGUUUGCAUUGUUCACGUUAGGCAUCCUUUACCCAUACGCUACGGCACCGGGCUCAUUAAUAGGCUUUAUUUGCGGAAUACUUUUCAGUUUAUUUGUGUCAAUCGGUUCACUACUUAUCCCGCGACCAAAGGUUUCAUUGCCCACCACUACAGACGAGUGUCCACCCGAUGUGGUCAAUGAUGUCUAUUCAAGGCAUACAUUAUUCCCAAACUCGUCGUAUAUUUCCUCUUAUGAUAAUCCAAAAGGAUGGUCUCAAUUGUUUCAUAUAUCAUAUCUU